AUGAUUUACACGGCCGAAUACUCGGAUAAUUCUGACACAGAAGGUUCUGUGUCAUCAGUCAACUCGACGCGGGCUGCUCCUGCCGGUCAAGUCCGUAAUGGAACGCAACCCAACCCCCCUUCACUUCUGACUACAAUACUAGAUUCUCCUCGGAACAACCCAAAACACUGGCGAUACGAACCGUGCCCAGUUCAGGCCUGGCCAAAAUGGACCAACAGAGAUGUCACCGUGAUUCUCCCCACGAUUGACCCAGGUAACGUAAAGUUCGUAAAAUGCAUACUCUCGGUACUCGAAAACAGGCCCGCCGCCAUCCUAAUCGUCACCGUCGGCGCCAGGAUGCGCCGGCGCUGCGAGAAAGUCGCCAGGCGCUACAAGGAACAGUACCCUUCCACCAGAAUUGGUGUGAGCGCCAUCCUUCACCCCUCGAAGCGCCGUCAGGUCGCUCAUGCCGUACCACACGUUGACACCGAAAUCACGAUCCUCGCUGAUGACCACGUAUACUGGCCAAGCACCGAAUUCAUCACCUCGGUGCUAGCCCCCUUUGAGGACAACAAUAUGGGCGUGGUGGCGACCUACAAGCGCGUCAUUCGUACGACACCUGGUAAGUGGUCUGCUAUUUCCAUUGUGAACCUAAUCGGGUGCUUUUAUCUCCUUCGCCAUAACUGGGAGCUGCGCGCCUCUAAUGCCAUCGACGGAGGCGUCUUUGUCGUUUCUGGUCGCACCGCUGCCUACCGGACCAAGCUCCUCAAGUCACCGGGGUUCAUGGACAGGUUCUGCAGGGAGCGUUUCUUCUUUGGUCUUUUUGGCGGCAAGGGUCUCGGCCCCGACGACGAUAACUUUCUCACCCGCGAGGCGUACCGACAUGGCUGGAAGAUCAAGUUUCAGCAGACCGAAGACAGCGUGGUCGAGACGUCGCUGGGCGACGAGAAUGCCGUCAAGUUCCGGGGCCAGCUGGUCCGCUGGGCGAGAACGACGUUCCGGAGCAACCCGUGCAUGUUGAGGCAGAUAAGCGACGUCUACACCUGGCGUAUGCCAUACACCUAUAUCGCGGUAUACGCAGCUUCUCUCUUCAAUUUCGCUCUUUUUUGGGACACAACGCUGUUUAUAUCUCUGGGGCUCUUCACGAGUGAAAUGGGCUUGCUCGCGCUUUGGGUCUUGUGGACCAAGACCAUCAAGCUCUGGCCGCACAUUCUCCGCCACCCCUCCGAUAUCCCCUUGAUUCCAUGCCAGAUUCUCUUUGCUUACGCUCACUCUAUCAUCAAAGUUUGGGCACUCUUUACAUUCUGGGAUUGUGCUUGGCUGGGUAGGAACUUGGAUGCUGUCGACGCCGAGUCCAAGGAGUUGAAGAAGGAACUUGGUAAGCACUUUACCUAUGCAUAG